CUUGAACCACCCGAACGUGGUGAAGGCCCAGGACCUGCCCGUAGACCUGGACUUCCUGGUGAACGACGUGCCCCUGCUGGCCAUGGAGUAUUGCUCCAGGGGGGACCUCCGGAAGCUGCUGAACGCACCUGAGAAUUGCUGCGGUCUUAAGGAAAGCCAGGUCCUUUCGGUGCUGAGUGACGUUGGGUCUGGCAUCCAGUAUUUACAUGAAAACAGAAUCAUCCAUAGAGACCUUAAACCAGAAAAUAUUGUCCUCCAGGAUGAAGCCGGGAAGGUCAGUGAAACGCUCGGUGGCAACAAUGAUUUUCGAAGGCUGCGGUCGGUUUUUCCAUCAACCCUUCCAAGAAAUGGGCCCCAGAAGGGGGCUCCCUGCCCCCACCCCCCACCUGCCGGGCAGACCUUGCAAGGAGGAGGAGAGGGAGUUGUGCCAUCAUGA